AAACUCUAUCAUAAGGCCCUUAAACCCUAUCCCCAGCAAUAAAGUUGCAGGCAUUUCUAUUGCUGAUUCUAUUGUGAAAGAUUCCUUCAUUUAUUCUAUUGCUGAUUCUGUCCCCAAGGCAUCAAUGUCUACCAAUUUGGACGAUCAUAUAGAAAAAAUUUUAUGGACAGAGCAGCAAAUUUCUCGACGAGUUUCUGAGCUUGCUUCCCAAAUUACCCUCAGCUUUUCUUCUUGUAAAUCCGCUCCGGUCGCUGUGGGCGUUGCCACUGGUGCUUUUCUGUUCCUAGCUGACCUUGUUCGCAAAAUCAAACUUCCCAUCUCCGUUGAUUUUGUUCGGGUUGAAUCAUACGGCUCUGGUACUGUAUCCAAUGGCAAACCCAAGAUUUCUUGCGAUUUGAAAAUUGAUGUUACUGGAAAGCAUGUGAUUUUGGUUGAGGACAUUGUGGAUACAGGAAACACGUUGUCCUGCCUCAUUGAACACUUGAAAUUUAAAGGAGCAUCCUCCAUAUCGGUGUGCACGCUCCUCGAUAAACCAUCAAAGAGGAAGGCUAAUUUUGAACUUGUGGGAGAAGGGAAGUUCUACCGUGGUUUUGAGGUAAUCUCUAAUAUUCUCUUUGCUUUAAUGAAAGUCCUUCGUUCUUGUUGUAUUUGGAUUGUGAAUUAUUACUGAUCUGAUGAUUUCAAGGCAUUUGAUUGCCAUAAUUUUUGAGUU